AAUGUAUGGUGUGUCCAAAACCAAAAUUUAUGGACCAUUUUUCUUCCAAUUAUAAGGAUAUGCUAGAAGUAUUUUUCUAUCCUCAACUAAAAGAAGAAAUACUAAAUACUGUAUAUUUUCAGCAAGAAGGUGCUCCACCCCAUUACUUAUCUAGCAACGAAUUCUUUGAACUUAACCUAUGGAGACAAUGUAUAGGUCGAGCCGUCCCAUCGAAUGGGCUCCCUAUUAUCCGGAUUCGACUAGCAUUUUUUUUUAUAUGGGGGUAUAUUAAGGAAAUAUGCUACGAUCCAACACCUACAAACACCGAACUGAGUAAUAACAUAAUUCAUGUGUUUUAGGA